GGGGGGGCCCGAGCGCAGCCGCCGCCCGCCAUGAGGGCAGCGCUCGCCCCCGGGGUCCGCCUGCUCCGAGCCCUCCCGCGGGACAGCCGCUAUCGGGGACUGACGCUGGUGCUGACCUUCCUCUGCUACACCAGCUACCACCUCUCCCGAAAACCCAUCAGCAUCGUCAAGAGCCAGCUGCACCCCAACUGCUCAGCCUUCGGCCCACACCCUCGCAAUGUCUCCAACAGCAGCACGUGGUGCAGCUGGGCACCCUUUGAUGGGGACAACUACAAGGAGCUUUUUGGGGCCCUGGAUAAUGCCUUCCUGGUGGCCUACGCCAUCGGGAUGUUUAUCAGUGGCAUUUUUGGGGAGCGCCUCCCCCUGCGCUACUACCUGUCAGGGGGGAUGGUGCUGAGUGGGCUCUUCACCUCACUCUUCGGCCUCGGCUACUUCUGGGACGUCCAUGUCCUCUGGUACUUCAUCGUUGUGCAGGUCUGCAAUGGGCUGGUGCAGACGACCGGCUGGCCUGCUGUCGUGGCGUGCGUCGGGAACUGGUUUGGGAAGGGAAAGAGAGGUUUGAUCAUGGGCAUCUGGAACUCGCACACCUCCGUCGGCAACAUCUUAGGGUCGCUCAUUGCCGGUGUCUGGGUCUCCUCUGCCUGGGGCCUGUCCUUCGUCGUGCCCGGCAUCAUCAUCGCCACCGUGGGCAUCAUCUGCUUCUUCUUCCUCGUGGAGUAUCCCGAGGAUGUUGACUGCAGUCCGCCACUGCAUCAUAUGGCCUCUGAUGAGGAUCCUGGAGGAGUGACCACCAGUGAGAAGGAUCCUGAAGCAGUGACCCCCAACGAGGACCCGCUCAGCCUCUCAGGCCAGAGCAGUGCGGAUCACUCCAACAGCCCCAAGGAGCCAGCUGAGGAGCCCGAAGCCAUCAGUUUCCUCGGAGCGCUCCGGAUACCCGGCGUGGUGGAGUUCUCCCUGUGCCUGCUCUUUGCCAAACUGGUGAGCUACACCUUCCUGUACUGGCUGCCCCUCUACAUCGUCAACGUUGCUCAUUUCGGCGCCAAGGAAGCUGGGGACCUGUCGACCCUCUUUGAUGUUGGGGGUAUUUUAGGGGGGAUCUUCGCCGGCCUCGUCUCUGACUACACCGGCGGCAGAGCCACCACGUGCUGCGUGAUGCUGGUCGUCGCUGCUCCCAUGCUGUUCCUGUAUAACCACGUCGGCCAGAAUGGCAUUGGCACAUCAAUAGCGAUGCUGGUCAUCUGCGGUGCUCUGGUUAACGGGCCCUACGCGCUCAUCACAACAGCGGUGUCAGCAGAUCUGGGAACCCACGAGUCUCUCAAAGGAAACGCCAAAGCCCUUUCGACUGUCACGGCCAUCAUUGAUGGCACAGGAUCCAUCGGUGCCGCACUGGGGCCGCUGCUCGCAGGGCUCAUCUCUCCCACGGGCUGGAACAACGUCUUCUACAUGUUGAUAGCGGCCGAUGUCCUGGCCUGCCUGCUCCUUGCUCGCGUGGUGGUCAAAGAGGUCCGUGGCUGGUGCGGCUACAUGGCGAGGAAGAGAGGCUCUAGUGUGCAGCUAACAGAGUCAGUGAUGGAUGGGAAUUAGCUCGGUGUGAAAGACCAAUAGUCUGGGCCUCGUGCUGUGGUUCAAGGAGUUCUGACGUGCCCCCUGUGAGCUGCCCCACGCCCAGAGGGAGGAGAGAGGCUGGGGCACACCGGGAGCUCAGGUGUCCCGGCAGAGCCGAGGCACAGCCCCAGGCACAGCCCCAGGCACAGCCCCGCGGGCUCCCACCACCAAGGGCUGGCUUCCGACGGAGGCAGCGGCGAGGAGCAGCCCAAGGGCCCCGGCCAGCUGGUUUUCUGGGUCGGUUCUUCACCGUCAGCCAUUUUAUUAAUAAAAACAUGCAAAAACUC